UUUUCCUUGUAAAAUCUCCUGCUUUCUGCCAAAAGAUUUUCAUUUUUUUGUCUUUUCACCUCAAUGCUUUCUGCCAAAAGACUUAAAUGUUUCGGUGACUAGUUUCUUGCUUUCUGUUCAAAAUUUUCUCUUCUUGUUCCUGCUAGACAACCUCGUUUUUGUCCAUUAAGUUCUUGUUCUCUGCUCAAAGAUAUUAUUUUUUACCAGUUAAGUUGUUGUUUUGUGCUAAAAAAAUCAUUUUUUUCUGUGGGGUUCUUGUUUUUUGUUCAAAGAUUUCAUUUUGUUCUGUUAAGUUGUUGUUUUGAGCUAAAAAGAUUCAUUUUUUUUCCUGUGGGGUUCUUGUUUUCUGUUCAAAGAUUUCAUUUUUAUCUCUGUGUUGCUUGGAUUUAGUUCAAAAGAUCCAUUUUUUAUUGACUAAUCCAUUAAUGGGUUGUUCUGCUUCUCGUUCCUAUGAUUUUGUUACAACAGAUCUACAAAAUCCAUGGAAUUCUUCAUCUUCUUCACAUUCACAAUCUCCAUAUUCAUACUCAGAUUCAUCCUCAACUCCAGUUUCAAGAACCCUUUCUCUUCCUACUCCUUUGGUUCAUCAUCCUGCUAUGUGCAAAGGAGACACAAAUCAUUUGGUUUCUCUUACUUCCACCACUUAUGGUUCCCUUGUAUUAAUUGACCCCCAAAAUCCAUACCCUAACCCUAACCCUAAUUUCUAUGGUGGAAAUUUAAAGAACCCUACUACCCAAAUGAUAAAAUCCCUAAAUGGGACUGACCCACAAGACCCUUUAUCUCCUGAUUCAGUAAUCAACACUUGGGAGCUCAUGGAAGGACUUGAUGAUUUUGAUUUCCAUAUGGUACAGUCCAAGAUUGAGUCCCCUAGAAAGGUUAAGUCCAAGAGUCUUGAUAUCCAAAGUGAGUUAGAUACAAAUGAGUUGGAAAAAACCUAUGAGUUUGUUGAGCACUCAGAUUCGAAGCCGUUAUGGAAGCAUUUGUCUGAGGAACAAUUGCUUGCUAAAAUGGAUCCUAAUGUAGCUUCAAGCUAUAGACAAGCAUUGUCUUCCAAAAGAUUUGUGUACAAAGAGUCAGAAUAUUGUCCAAAGCCCGAAAUUGUUAGUUCGAUAGAGUUAGAGUCAAGUAACACAAGUUUGUUGGAUGGGAAUGAUUUUGAUUUAAAGGGUAAGGAGGAUAAACUAACGCCUGAAAUUGUUAGUGCGAUGGAGUUAGAGUCGAGUAAUGCAAGUUUAUUAAGCUCAUUGUUGCCUGGUAAUGAUGUCCAUUUAAAGGGUACAGAGGAUAAGAUUGUUCUGUAUUUUACUAGUUUAAGAGGAAUCAGGAAGACUUAUGAAGAAUGCUGCACAGUGCGAACGAUCUUUAGAGGUUUUCAGGUAUGUGUGGACGAAAGAGAUGUAUCUAUGGAUUCAUCAUAUAGAAAAGAGUUGCAAAGCGUUUUGGAAGGAAAAGCAGUUAGCUUGCCCCAGGUGUUUAUUGGAGGAAAGAAUAUUGGUGGUGCAGAAGAGAUUAAGCAACUUCAUGAGGCUGGAGAGCUGGCUAAGCUUGUGGAAGGCUUUGCAGUUCAGCGUUCUAGUUUUGUUUGUGAAAGCUGUGGUGAUGCAAGGUUUGUACCCUGCCCAAAUUGCAGUGGGAGUCGAAAAGUAUUUGAAGAGGAGGAAGGGAAGUUGAGGAGGUGCCCCAGCUGUAACGAAAAUGGAUUGAUUCGAUGCCCUGGCUGUUGCCCAUGAAUAUUGAUUCGCAUUUGUCAUGUACAUGAUUCCACUAUUUUAUUAGAGGUCUAUGCAUUUAUGUUACUACUUAUGUAUUAAUUUUGAAAUGUGCAGUGUCCUCUUGUAGACCGAUUUCAAGUGUCCAUAUUCUCUAGCCUUGGAAAAUUGUGUUCAUUUUCUUUUUGAACAACUCAAAAAGUAAUAAACUCUCAACACUAUGUUCUUUGCUUGCCCAGUGCUGAACAAGUAUGUGAUUUGGAAAUGUUGUUGUU